AAUUAUGUUUUUUUAUAUAUUUAUUUUUCUCUCUCUAGUAAUUGCUACAGGUGAAAUCAGCGGAUAAACAGAAUAGGAAUGAUGGGGAGGUUGAAUUAUAGGAGGGGAGCAUGAGUUGAGUGCAAUCAUAGAUAGGUCACCCAUUUCUUACAAAAUGGAUUUGUCUUUUUCUUCCUUCCGCUUUCGGUUAAAGGAAAAAGGUUGAAACACCCUUGUUCCUGAUUGCACCCUCAUGAGGCUGAGGAAGCGUAAACGAUGUUUUCCUUCUUGUUCCUCUCUUCGCAAAGUUGACGAGGAUGAGAUUUAUUGGAGACAGAGAAAGGAAGAUGAAGAGUUGGAAUGGACACCAAAUUCCACUCACUUAAUAUCUCAGUUGACUCAAUGUUUUACUAAUGCUAUGGUUGGAUCAAGAUCAUGGAUAGGAGGACUCUUUCACCGCAUAAACACCAAGCAAAAUGAAAAAUUUGUUGACUAUCCUUUGAGUCCUGUUGAGGAGGAAAGACUUCAUAGGCUUCAAGAACGGGUGCAAGUGCCUUAUGAUGAGACUCGUCCUGAUCAUCAAGAAUCAUUAAGAGCUUUAUGGGAUUGUUCCUUUCCUAAUGUAUCUCUGGAAGGCUUAAUAUCUGACCAAUGGAAAGAUAUGGGAUGGCAAGGUCCUAAUCCAUCGACUGACUUUAGGGGAUGUGGCUUCAUUUCCCUUGAAAAUCUACUGUUUUUCGCAAGGAAAUAUCCGGCAUCUUUUCACAGGCUGUUGUUGAAGAAAGAUGGAAAUAGAGCAACAUGGGAAUAUCCAUUUGCUGCUGCUGGCAUUAAUAUAUCAUUUAUGUUGAUACAGAUGUUGGAUUUAUGCUCAGAAAAGCCACGAUGUCUUCCGGGAAUGAAUUUUGUCAAGUUAUUAGGAGAAAAUGAAGAAGCAUUUGAUGUUCUAUAUUGUAUAGCUUUCGAGAUGAUGGAUGCGCAAUGGCUGGCUAUGCAUGCUUCCUACAUGGAUUUUAACGAGGUUCUGCAAGCAACACGAAUACAAUUGGAGAGAGAGUUAUCCUUAGAAGACAUCAACAAAAUACAAGAGCUGCCUGCUUACAAUCUGUUGUAACAAUAGCUUAAUUCUUCCUCUUCUGUCCAUAAGCAAAAAAUUCCAAGUGACACAAUUUUUGUAAGUUCAUCACAAAGUCACAAUGCUUAUCCUCAAUGAACUGCAGGGCUUUACUCCUCUUCUGAA